AUGAACAUCCCCUUGGUGUUAUAUAAUGCAGAUGGAACACUUUCAAGUGAAUUUUCCAAAACAUUGUUGUAUAACAGUAAUUUUCCACUAAAAAUAAAAAUUGAUUUGAAAGAAAUAGCGUCUCAUCAAGAGUUGGAACCAUAUUUUAAGAACUUUGACAUAGAAGAGGAUUCUAAGCAAAAUGUGAUUAUAUUACUGUCUGUGUCUAAGUUACACCUUGACAAGUUGAUAUCUCGUCUACACAAGCUUAAGAUUCAUUACAAUUUGGAUUAUUCGCAAUUCCGAAGUAAUCCUUGCAAUUUAUUUAUCAAGAAUAUAAGUAAAGAUGUCGAUGAGUCUUGUCUUGAACGAUUUGUGAAAUCAAAUUGUCCAUAUAAGUCAUUAAAUGAAAUAGUCAUUUUACAUCAUGAUGAACCAAAAGAGAAAAAUGGAGUGAACUCUUUAAACAUAGGCACAUUUGCAAUUGCAAAGUUUCUAAAUCAUUUAGACGUUGAUCAUUUACUUGACAACAAGCAUGUCCUUGAAAUGAUUCCUAACGAAUUCAACUCUGUUCCUACUAUCCCAUUAUAUAUUAAUGCAUAUAUCUCGAGACGAGAACGCACUUUGAGAAGGAAAACUAAUUCACUACUGUGUAGUGGUAGUUUAACCAGUUCGCCUUUGAGUUUUGCAGCUAGCAAUUCUUACGAUAGUGUUGUGCUAACAGACCUUGAUAAAUUCUUUGGAGGAAAGCUGCAUACCUUAUUAGAAUUCGAUAACUUCUUAAGUAUUUUCAAGUUGUUUGAACUCAAAAUUAAAUGCAUCUAUUUCCCGAUAGUUCAAGAAGACGAAAAUAAUUUUAGAGUGGACGGAUUUGGUUAUAUUACCUUCUUCAGCACUCAGGAGGAUAUCGAUAUCAAUUUUAAUGUGUUGAUGUUGGUUUAUUAUCUACAAGGUUUAACGUACUCACAAGUUUUAGCUUUCAAUGAUGCAAAUCUCACAAACCUUAACGAUUCAGAAAUUCAACUGACGGGAGAGAAUAUUAAUGGUUUGAAGAUUACAAUUAAUCAAGCAAAGUUCAACAUGCUUUUAGAGAAAGAUUUAACACCUUCACUAAGCAUUGACGAAAAUGGCAAAGUCGGAAUCCAAACCUUUCAACCGUUGGGUCACUUAUUCAGAAGCUUGAACUUCCAAGAAACAAACAUAUACGUUAAUAAUCUACCUCUUGCAUUCAAGCAAGAUGACAUUGCGUGGGAAUCAUUUUGGUCUCGUUUGGGUGAUUGUAAGCUGGCCAAAAUUAUUAAGCCAGACUUCUACAACAAUAAUAAUAAUGGGAAAUCCAAUGCAAAAUAUCAAAAGACUAAUAAUAUGGGUAGGAUUGGCUUUGUAUUUUUUAAAGACUUUAAAACUGCCAUUCGUGCUAUUUUACUAACAAACAACAAGUAUUUCCGGUUAAAGAACCAAACAGUCAAUAUUCAAUCUUCAUUUGCAAUACAAAAGGCCCCAAGUUCCAAACAAAGGUUCUUUGAAACUUUGAGCCAGGACAACACUCAAAGUCCUGCAACAACUAACAGAACAAUGGAAUACAAUUAUAGUAAUGAAAAGCAAAGCAUGCAUUCAGAAUUCGGAGGUCAAAAUAUGUCGGUUUUAGGUCAACUCCCUCUUGUGGCUCCACAUAGACUUCCUUUAACAGGAUUCCCAUUUAUACCUGACCAACAUAAUUCAGUGCUUCAUACAAGCUCUGGUCCAUUUUCCGGAGUACCUUAUUUCUAUUAUCCAGUACUACCUAGUAUGUACUAUUAUUAUCCUCUGAAUAAAGAGGAUCAACUGGAUACCUAG